UUUCAAAUAUAAACAUUUCUAAGAUCUACAGAUAGAUUGGGCCAGGGUCGCGCAUUCAGACAUCACUAGUACCUUAAGAACCGGAGGAAAUAAUAGUUUAGCUACAUACUCAAAAUAGACCUCAUUUUUUUAAUUUGAAGGUUAGCACCCAAUUCGACCUUUUGCCUUAUUUUAUUUGAUGAUUUUUCUCGUCAACUUGCGUGGACAUGGAUCAUGUAUGCGUCAGUCAUUUUUUUCUUUUGUUCUCCCCUUCAAUAAGUUUUAUGUACUUCGAAAUUGUAACUUUGAACAAAUAUCUGUUUCCUUUUGUUUAAUUUAUUUAUGUUUUUUUUUUUUUUUUGUGUGUGGCAUUUUUCGUCCAACAAUUCAUAUGGCGAGAGAAAUAUGGAGACACGAAAAAUCGGAGCCACAACUUUGGCUUUGUUUUCAAAGGAGGGGUUAUGUUAGCUACAGAUCAUUCACCAAUAUGUCGAGAACAUCAUCGAUCUCCAUCCUCACUGUGCUUGUCGCUUAUACUGGAGAGAGGGCGAACUGUGAAUCAUCUCUCGGACUUCUUCAAAGUCGGUACCGCCAACAUGAACUUGAGAGGGGAAGAAUACAUUCUGUUGAAGAGGCAUCAGAGUGGGUGGCUGACACUGUGUCAUCUUGCGGCGAGAAAGGUUCCUUAGUGGGAUUAACAGUUGUAGGAUGGGACAAUAAAAAUGGUGCUAGCUUGUAUUACGUGAGCAAUGGGGAUAGACCUAAACAAGGGAAAAAUUGUGCCACCGGAUCUGGAUUUUCAAUCGCUAAUGGUAUCUUGGCUGUCUGGAAUUAUAAUGAUCUGUACUAUGAUGACGCUGCUAUGCUGGCCAAAAGGGCGAUUUGCGGUGCCGCAUCUCAAGUAAGACGAAGCAUUGGAAUGGGUGAAGGGGGUGGUUUCAUCAGUGGGUACUUCAUCCGUGCAUGUGGGUCAGGGACGGUCUUUCAUAAUAUGGAUAUUGGAAACACAAAGCAUGAAAUUAAACUUUAUAAAAGAGCUGCGUUUGCGAAGAUCCUUCGGUCCAGGAGAGUGGAACUGAAGGCGAAAACGGUGCAAGAGUAGUUGGUCUGCCGUAAUUAGGGUUUGGAUAAGUGUUGGAAGACAUACUUGACCUGAGUAGCUUCUGAAAGGUUGUGAGUCCUCUUGUGUAGAAGAAUGGAUCUAUCAGAAUUUGCGACUGGAUAAAUUGAAACUAAACCUCCCCUUAAGCACACGAUUAUCAAAUAUUUUUAAGUAAUCUGCUCC